AUGAUUUCUCCAGUACAUCUUGAGAGAUGUAUUCUGCGUGCUGAGACGCUAGAUGACUACAAGCGUUUCGUGGUAAGGAACAAUCACACAGAUGGGGAACAGCUUCCGCUUCUGCACAAACUCAUAACACAGAAUGCAGAGGUGCACUUGGGUCAAGUGAUACCAGCAUGCGAUGGAUGCCCGGUUAAUCUCUCUGUAGUUGAUUUGAUUCCGGCAACGGCUGGAGUACUUUGCGAAACAACAACUGUUGUUGUGCUACCACCUCCUCUUGCUAGAGAAACUGUGGUAGAGGAAAAUGUGCAACCGACAGGUCAAAGAGACUAUGAUGAGGUUGACAGUGAUAUGUGUAGGGUAAUACUGGAUUAUUCACUCACUGGAAAUAUGACCAUAGGAUCACGGGAAUUUUUUCUACGCACACUUCUUCUCGAUGGUGCUCUAGUAUCUCUUGGUGAUGAUGAGUACACUACUGUAUUCACUGUUUCUGAAGAGGAGGAAGGAGAGAGGCAACAGCAACAACAACAACAGCAUUAUUUAGCUGAUGUUAAUGGUGUUGUACCACCUACACUUCGUACUUCUCCUGAAGUAUUUCGUAACAUACGUGCUAGUCUGCUUUUGGAUCCUCUACCGAGUGUUGUAUCAGAUGAAAUACGAUAUUCCGAUUCUUAUCUGAAUAUUCCCUUGUCAUUUUUUAUCGGUAUACAAGAUGAUAAAGGUACACCAUUAACGAUAAAUUCUACAAACUUUGACGUAGAGUUAGAACUUUCUUGUGCUAUUUUUGUGCCAGCAUGGCCCUCAUUUAUGUUAACUGCACUUUUUGGGGAUAAAUAUGAGCAGUUAUUAACACUCGCAUUGCGUGCUUCAAAGGAUAUUCUUCAUGGUCGUAUCGUUGGAGAAGGGGACAUUGUUAUUCUUCGCGUCACGCCACGUUCUUUUGUUGAACAACAAUUGGUGUGUACAGAUGCUUGUGAGGUUAUGUUGGCACAUGUUACACAUAUUGUUCAGGGUGGCUAUGCAGAGACGACAAAGAUAUCACUUUUACAUGAUGGGGUUAUUGCUAUACCACUCCGUGUUUCUGAAGUUCGGAGUUCUUCUGGUAAAUCAUAUGGUGUACUUGCUCUUAAUGGAAAUGGGACAGAGUUAUUACUCUCUCUACGUAGUUCUUUAUCUUUUGCAGAUGUUACACCAUUAUUUUCACCUUUUUCUCCAUUGAAAACAUUUCACCCACAAUUAUCCCUUACAGUUGGUAUUCGUAACGCUAUGGAUUACUGUUAUUCUCCAUCACAUUCUUCGGAAACUCGCAUAUUUGUAAUACACGCAACAAAAGAAAACUUACCAUAUGAAUGUAUUGCUACAGCACUUGGAGCAAAUGGGAUUGAAGCUCUUAUAGUAGAUCUUGAACGACGAAGUGAUGAGGAAAUGCUAGAACUUAUUUCAGAUUACAUGCAUAGUAGAGGUGAAGUUGCUCUUAUUGUGAAGAAUGCACAAGAACUUACAGAACAUUUACAGAUUUUACAUUUAUUUGAUUCAAAUGAUAAUAAAUAUGAUGAUUAUUUUUGUACUCGUGUGAUAUUUCUUGUUUGUGAGUCUAUAGAAGCACCACCACCUACUAUAGCUGCUAGAGCUUGUAAUGUGGAAGGUGUAAUUAAAGGGACUAACCCAUCAGAUGCGGAUCGUUUUUUAAUUCUCUCCAAUAUUUUUGCUGAAGCCCAGAGAUUGUUUGGACUUUGUAAAAGUUUGUUGUUAUCUUUCGAUUCUGUAGCAUCAUGGACAGUUGGUUUGAGUGUUUCUGAUGUGGUAGCGUAUAUACAGGAGUGUGUAUCAGCUGUGAGGAUGAUGCCUUUAGCAGAGGGUGUAUAUCCCGUUCUUUCAGAAAAUGUGUGUGGAAGUAUCUUAGAAAAAUAUCAAAAAGCUCAUGGAUACAAUCUUGUUUCCACAAAACUGCAGCCAGUACGUUGGAGUGAUGUUGGUGGGUUAGAAGAUGCGAAACGUGAGUUACGCGAAACGAUUCAGCUUCCAUUGCUUCACCCUGAGCUUUUCAGUAGCGGUACGAAGCGACGUACUGGCAUUCUUUUUUAUGGUCCUCCUGGGUGUGGGAAGACGUUACUGGCGAAGGCGGUUGCGACGGAGAUGGGGAUGAACUUUAUGUCUGUGAAGGGUCCUGAGCUGAUCAACCAAUACGUUGGCGAGAGCGAGCGGAACAUCCGGCUGCUCUUCCAGCGGGCGCGGGACCACUCGCCGUGCAUUCUCUUCUUUGACGAACUCGACGCGCUCGUGCCGGCGCGGGGGGCGGCGGGGGACGCCGGCGGGGCGAUGGACCGCGUGGCCGCGCAGCUCCUCGUCGAGAUGGACGGCGCCGUCCGCGGGCGGAGUGACGGGACCGCCGCCGCCGCCGUCUUCGUCGUGGGCGCGACGAACCGCCCGGACCUCCUCGACCCCGCCCUCCUCCGCCCGGGCCGCUUCGACACCCUCUGCUACUUGGGCAUCCCAGCCACCCGACACGAGCAGCGGCAGGCAAUCACCGCACUCACACGAAAGUUCAAUCUCGCAAAGGACGUGGACUUCGACACCCUCUUGGACACGCUCUCACUAGAGUACACAGGCGCAGACUUAUUUGCCCUAUGCUCAGAUGCAAUGAUGUUUGCCGUCGAAACUAUGCUACAAGACGCUAUGAAAGACGCAGAAAUAACAAAAACAACAACAAACACUGUAGAGGAAAACAACAGCAAUGAAGGUCCACAAUUGGUGGUACGCAUGGCUGACUUUUUACGGGCACGGAGCCAGUUGAAACCAUCUGUUUCAAAAGAAGAUUUGAAACGUUACGAAUCCCUCCGCACUAAAUUUAACAUGCGAUGA